UUGCCGGAGUGCGCACGGGCGCUGCGCUGCUUUUUCUCUCCAGGACCAGGACGCAGCGCAUACCCACUGCGGACUUUUGGCCUCCCGACUCUCACAGGUGGUGAAGAAGAGGAGGAAGAAGACCACAGCUACACGGCGUUGGAGCGGCGGGACCAUGUUUUCGCCAAAGUCUCCCAAAAAGGCGCCCACGUGCGUCUCCAAGGCGGCGCGCGGCGCACAGGAGCAGAUCCGCCUGGAGGAGUGCGGCUGCGAGCCGGAGUGCGGCUGCGAGCCGGACUGCGCCUGCAGCGCACACUCGGCCGGCGGCGGGAGGCACUGCGCGAGCGGGUACAAGCCUGCAGCUCCUGUUGAAGAGGUUCAAUGCUCUCAUUGUCCCGCUGCUGUUGGACCGAGGCCAGAUGAGUCGUGCAAGUCACUGAAUCUCAGACCGGUUGAGGAGAAAGUGUCGAGUGAAGAGCAGACGAGUGGCCGAGUACAAGAGAACGGCCUCGGCGUGGCGGACCGAGGCCUCGACAACUUGGCCUACGAGUAUGGGAGUCAGCCGGAGCUCCGCCCUCCUCCGCCCAAAACGACCACGUUCAGACUCCUGGGUCUCGCCCCCGAGCACCGGGCCCGGGACAUCGAGAGCUCCAUCUGCGGCCUGCGCGGCGUCCUCGCCGCCAGCGUGUCUCUACCCGGCGGCUCGGCCCAGGUGGACUACGACGCCGCCGUCGUCACCGCCAGAGACAUCGCCCUGGAGCUCCAGAGGUCGGGGCUCGGCGUGGAGUCGGCGGCACGGCUCUCGGUGGACGGGAUGCACUGCCGGUCCUGCGUGGAGUCCAUCGAGGGGCGGGUCGGGCUUCUCCCCGGGGUGUCGCACAUCCGGGUGUCCCUGCAGGACGCCGCAGCGCUCAUCGCGUACCGGCCUCUUCUCGUGAGCCGGCAGGAGCUGAGGGACGCCGUCGAGGAAAUGGGUUUCGAGGCCCGGUUGGCGGCCGACGACUCGCCGCUGGACUCCGUCGUCACCGUGUGGAUUGUGGGGAUGACGUGCGGCUCCUGCGUGCGGUCCAUAGAAGGGAGGCUCUCUCAGAUGGAGGGGGUGCGGUCCAUCGCCGUGUCGCUGGACGAGGGGAAGGGGACGGUGACCUUUGACCCCAGUUUGACGGCGCCGGAGCGGCUGAGGGCGGCGGUCGAAGACAUGGGCUUCGAGGCGUCGCUGGAAGACAUCAGCCGGCCUCGUGAACCGUCGGGGCCCGUCGGCUCGAUGCCGCCCGCCCUCUCUGACUCGCAACCGGCCAAUCGGACGAGGGUUACCGGCAGCAGCGGAUCGCAGGUCAAAGUUCAGAAGUGCUUCAUCCGGGUGACGGGGAUGACCUGCGCCUCCUGCGUGGCCAACAUCGAGAGGAACCUACUGAAACACGGAGGAAUCGUCGCGGUGUUGGUGUCGCUCAUGGCGGGAAAGGUGGAGGUGAAGUACGAUUCAGGAGUCCUGGACGUGGUGGCGGUGACUCGGCUCAUAGAGGACUUGGGCUUCGGCGCCACGCUAAUGGAGGACAACGCCGUCACACACGGGAAGCUAGACCUCACUAUCACGGGCAUGACGUGCGCGUCGUGCGUGCACGCCAUCGAGUCCAAGCUCACCGCCACCAAAGGGGUCCUCGGGGCUGCCGUCGCCCUGGCCACCAACAGAGCCCAGAUCCAGUUUGACCCGGAGGUGCUGGGAGGUCGAGAUAUCAUCAAGAUCAUUCAGGGUCUCGGCUUCGAGGCCAGUCUGCUGAAGGCGAGCUUCAAAAACAACCUCGACCACACCGAAGAAAUCCGACAGUGGAAGAACUCCUUCCUGCUGUGCCUGGUGUUCGGCCUGCCCGUCAUGGGCCUCAUGGUCUACAUGAUGGUGAUGGACAGUCAGCACCCGGAGCACGGCGGCUCGAUGCCCGAGGAGCAGAACGUGCUGCCGGGCCUCUCCCUCCUCAACCUGGCCUUCUUCCUGCUCUGCACACCUGUGCAGAUCUUCGGAGGCCGAUACUUCUACAUGCAGGCGUACCGCUCGCUGAAGCACCGCACGGCCAACAUGGACGUGCUCAUCGUGCUGGCCACCUCCAUCGCCUACGCCUACUCCUGCGUGGUCCUCGUGGUCGCCAUGGCGGAGCGCGCCGCCCAGAGCCCCGUCACCUUCUUCGACACGCCGCCCAUGCUGUUCGUGUUCAUCUCGUUGGGCCGCUGGCUGGAGCACGUCGCCAAAAGUAAAACCUCCGAGGCGUUGGCCAAAUUGAUGUCACUUCAAGCCACGGAUGCCACGGUGGUCACUUUGGGCCCGGACCACUCCAUCCUCAGCGAGGAGCAGGUGGUGGUGGAGCUGGUGCAGCGGGGCGAUGUCGUGAAGGUCGCUCCGGGGGGAAAGUUCCCCGUGGACGGGCGAGUGAAGGAGGGAAGCUCCAUGGCGGAUGAGUCCUUGAUCACGGGGGAGCCGAUGCCCGUCAGUAAGAAGGUGGGCAGCUUGGUGAUUGCCGGCUCCAUCAACACCCACGGCGCCCUCCUGGUGGAGGCCACGCACGUCGGCGCCGACACCACCCUGUCUCAGAUCGUCAAGCUGGUGGAGGACGCUCAAACCUCCAAGGCUCCCAUCCAGCAGUUUGCAGACCGGCUCAGCGGGUACUUUGUUCCCUUCAUCGUUGCCGUCUCUCUGCUGACGCUCGGCGCCUGGCUGGCCAUCGGGUUCGUCGACUUUGUCAUCGUGAGGGACAACUUCCCGGGCUACAACCAGAACAUCUCCAAGGCGGAGGUUGUGGUCCGCUUCGCCUUCCAGGCCUCCAUCACCGUGCUGUCCAUCGCCUGCCCCUGCUCUCUGGGGCUGGCGACCCCGACGGCGGUCAUGGUGGGCACGGGGGUCGGCGCUCAGAACGGGAUCCUCAUCAAAGGAGGCGCGCCGCUGGAGAUGGCCCACAAGAUCAACGUGGUGAUGUUUGACAAAACUGGGACGAUUACCGGCGUUCCCCGGGUGACCCGCGUGCUGGUGCUGUGGGAGGCGGCCCGCAUGCCCCUGAGGAGGAUCCUGGCCGUGGUGGGCACGGCGGAGGCCAGCAGCGAGCACCCGCUGGGCAUGGCUGUCGCCAAGCACUGCAAAGAGGAGCUGGCCAGCGACCUGCUGGGCUACUGUCAGGACUUCCAGGCCGUGCCCGGCUGUGGGAUCAGCUGCCGGGUCUCCAGCGUGGAGCAUCUGCUGCUGCCGGAGGAGCGCUUCCUGCUGCCGGGAGCCACCACGGACGACAGCAGCAGCCUGGUGUCGGCCGGCGAGGGCGAGGCUGCAGGUGACCUUCCCCUGACCUUCGCUGUCCUCAUUGGGAACAGAGAGUGGAUGAGGAGGAACGGCCACCACAUCGGAGCUGACGUGGACGCCGCCAUGUGCAGCCACGAGACCAAAGGACAGACCGCCAUCUUGGUGGCCAUCGACGGCGUGCUGUGUGCCAUGUUAGCCAUCGCGGACACGGUGAAGGCGGAGUCGGCGUUGGCGGUGUACACGCUCACCAGCAUGGGCAUCGAGGUGGUGAUGAUAACGGGAGACAACCGGCGCACUGCGAACGCCAUCGCUGCACAGGUGGGCAUCAGGAAGGUGUACGCCGAGGUGCUGCCUUCGCACAAGGUGGCGAAGGUGCAGGAGCUGCAGGACCGAGGCCGGCGGGUGGCCAUGGUGGGGGACGGCGUCAACGACUCGCCCGCCCUCGCCUUGGCGGACGUCGGCAUCGCCAUUGGUACCGGCACCGAUGUGGCCAUCGAGGCGGCCGACAUCGUUCUCAUUCGAAACAACCUGCUGGACGUGGUGGCGAGCGUGGAGCUGUCCAAGAAGACGGUGCGCCGCAUCAGGACCAACUUUGUGUUUGCCCUCAUCUACAACCUGGUGGGGAUCCCCAUCGCUGCAGGUGUGUUCAUGCCAGUCGGCUUGGUGCUCCAGCCCUGGAUGGCCUCUGCUGCAAUGGCAGCCUCCUCUGUCUCAGUGGUCCUGUCAUCUCUCAUGCUGAAAAUGUACAAGAAGACCUCGGUGGAGGUGUAUGAGGCACGAGCUCUGGGCCACAUGAGGAGCCUCCGGUUGUCACAGAUCAGCACGCAUGCAGGUCUGGAGGAUGAGCACCAAAGCUCUGCUGUCCAGGGGAGGGACCGCUACGCCCUCCUGGAGGACCGCAACAUGGUGUGAAGGACUGAGACCAAGAGUAUUUCUAUGUAUUUAUGUAAGAAGAGAUUUUGAUUGCACUGUAAUAAAUAAUGUAAGACCAUG